AUGACCGACCUGGUUACUGGCGCCAACCUUCAGAGUUCCUCGACCAGCACCAUCAUCAAUUCUGGUGACGGCCUUCAGAAGCGACAGCUCUAUACCUAUGGUGGUCACAGCCUUUCCAAUGUCACCACGUCCACUGCUCAUCCCACCGUCUUUAGUGCUACCGGUACUGCUGUCGAGAACAGCUCCAUCACUAAUUCGCAGUAUAUUACUGGUACCGAGACCGAGACUGGCAUCUUCACCACAGUCUCGUCUUUGCAAUCUGCUCAUCAGUCUGCCAUCACUCGUACCAUGACUAGUGAGACCAACCUGACUGUGACCUCCUCUACCCAGACCGUCGGUUCUACCACUUACCUCACUGAGACUGCCUCGUCGGCAUCCUUGACCACCGGGUCCACAACUCAGAAAGGAGCCUCGGCUUCUACCACAACCUCGAAUGGAUAUGUUUCAACUGUCACCAGGUCUACGGACUCUCUGAUCACGAACACCAUUCUCGUUACUGUUGCUCCAUAUCCAGUCACUACUAAUGGCACUGUUCCGGUGGCUGCUGUUUCUGGACCCUCUGCCACUUUGACUUCUGGCUCUGGCGGAAAUCUGACCAUGACUUCUACAAUGAUCCGUUCUGGAACCAUCUUUGUCACGAUCACAACUGCUGUUGGUGGAAAUUCUUCAUGCACCGAGUACGAAGCCUCCACUCUUUACAGUAAUGAUGCUGUGUCUGCUACCAUGACAACUUCCACCAGCGAGUUGUCAUCCACUAGCCAGCCAUCCACAGGUGUUUCACCUACUCCCGCCAGUGGCUCGACUACGCCCAGUGCAGAUUUUUCUACCUCAACUGAUACCUGCACCGAUGUUGAGUCUUCGACAAUAAUCCCCAGACCUACCUCAAGCGACACUGAAAUUGUUCAUAUCACUUUGACUCAAACUGUUUAUGCUUAUGGCUCUACCACCACCCCCACUGGUGUGUUGACAACCAGCACCAAGCACUCGGCCCACGGUUUGGUCACUCCUGUUGGGGAUCCCACCACUACCUCUGGUACUACUACCAUUGUUUCGACUACGGUUCGCACAUCUACAAUGACUGUAGGAGUAAAGUCUUCAACCACUGUCACGGAUAGCUGCACCCCUGCUCCUACCGUCACUGUCACUGCCACUGUUGUCCAGACAGUGACUGCCAUCACUUCGAAUGAUGCUAUCUCUGCAAAGGAAGUCCCAGCAAGCGAGACUGGUCAAUCAUCUACGGUACCUGAAAUCUCGAUUUCUCCCAACACUACUGUAACUCUUACUAACCCUGGCCACAAGAAGACUAUGACUGUGACCACCAAUGUUCUGUCGACGAGCUCGAUGAACGUCACCUCUCACACAACACCCGGCGCGAGCUCCAGCAGCAGCAAAAUGUCUCACCACGUCUCUGAUGUCAGUUCUUACUCGAGAUUCGUCACGAGCAACGGUACCUUCCACACUGUUGGUUUGAACGGCACUGGUAUGACCACCAGCAUGACGGGCACGGCUGGCACCACGCUCUACAGUACCCAGACCGUCAUGGCCAACCAUACAGGUGCUGCCAUUCCCAGUCGCCCAGUUUCUGCUGGUGCCAGGCGCAUGGCCGGCCCCAUGGGCGGCGGUGAUGGUCAAGGCUCGUCAAAUCCUCCUGUCGCCACAGGUGGAUGCGUCAUGAUGCUUGUCGCCAUCCUUGCUCUUCUUACAGCCUAA